UCCCAGUCGUAAACCCUGCCAAUUGCCAGCGCUCCUUCCUCCAAGGGGUUUUCCUCUCGUUCUCUGCUCGGAGCUCGAAUUUCGCGUUCCGCGCUUCGAUGGCGGGGAGAAGUUCCGGCGAAGGCCGUCCGCUAUACGGCGGAGCCGUUCCCUUCCGAUCACACCAGGGGCUUAUUGCGAGAGCGGUGGCUCGCUCGGACGAGAUGGUGUUGCAGAUCGAUCUGGAGGACGGUGACAGUGGCUUGGAUCAGGAGGUCGGCUGUCUCGGUGGGCAGGUCCACCAAUUAAGAAACCAACCGACUCUGAUCAAAGCUCGAGCAGGGGUUAAGAACAAUGUCAGAAGACUGCACAAGAGCAUUGUCCAGUAUGGCUCAAACAAUGUUGUACCCAUCAUCGUAUUUGCAUUGAUUUGUAUCUUCUUGGUCUACCUCUGGUACAAGAUCUCCGGAUGAUCAGGAGUUGGCAAUUUGCCUCAACACUCUGUUGGACGCACUCCCUAGAUUUCAGUAAAGAUCACUCUAGAUGGAAUUGUACAGGCACAAGUAGGACAUCCCCUUUUUUCCUGUGGAAUUUCUGACUGCUUGUUUGAGCUCUGUCUGCUGUACAGGCCAGAUGUCAUUCUUAACACUCUUACGGCUAUGUUAGGUCGUGCGUUUUUUGUCUGGUCAAUUAAGUACCUCUUGGGAAGCAUUGAUUCGAA